AGGAGGCGUGCGUGAUUUCAGAAGUGAUUAAUUUGUAUGAAGCCACGAGCCAAAGGCGAGCUACAGCCACACGUCAGUAUUGAUCCGGACAGCGAGUCUGUGCAGCAAACAGUGUUUUGAUGAUAUUCAUCAGCAUUAUUAGCUAAGUUAAUUAGCCGGCUACUUCGAAGAAGCGCGUCGUGAACACGUCGUCUGUGCACAAUGAAGAAGGCUGCUCUGCUGCUGAUUGUGUUGCUCGGCGUUGCACAUUUUGCGACUGUCAGCAGAUGUGAAGAUGAUGUUGCAGAGGAGAAGGAGGAGACUGAUGAAGAGGACAGCGACGAGGAGGAGGAGGAUGAUGAUGAUGAUGAUGAAGAUGACACAGAGGUGAAAGAAGAGAAUGGAGUGCUGGUUCUCACCGACCGCAACUAUGACACUUUCAUUGAGGGCAAAGACACAGUCCUGGUUGAGUUUUAUGCCCCUUGGUGUGGCCACUGCAAACAGUUUGCCCCAGAGUAUGAAAAAAUCGCUCAGACUCUUAAAGAGAAUGACCCUCCUCUACCUGUGGCCAAAGUGGACGCAACAGUAGCCACUGAGUUAGCGAGCAGGUUCGAGGUGUCGGGCUAUCCCACCAUCAAGAUCCUGAAAAACGGGGAGCCCCUGGACUACGACGGAGAAAGGACAGAGAAGGCUAUUGUGGCACGAAUGAAAGAGGUGGCUCAUCCAGAUUGGAAGCCCCCUCCUGAGGCGACGCUGGUGCUGACCAAGGACAACUUUGAUGAGAUCGUUAACAACGCGGACAUCAUCCUGGUGGAGUUCUACGCUCCAUGGUGCGGACACUGUAAGCGUUUGGCUCCAGAGUACGAGAAGGCAGCCAAGGAGUUGAGCAAGCGCUCUCCUCCCAUUCCCCUGGCCAAGGUGGACGCCACUGUGGAGAGUGACAUCGCCUCACGUUUUGAUGUUACAGGCUAUCCCACCCUCAAGAUCUUCAGGAAGGGCAAGGUGUUCGACUACAACGGACCCAGAGAGCAGCACGGCAUUGUUGACUUCAUGAGUGAGCAGGCAGGGCCUCCCUCCAAGCAGGUCCAGGCAGUCAAACAGGUGCAGGAGCUCAUCAAGGAUGGCGACGAUGCUGUCAUAGUCGGCCUGUUCUCCAGUGAACAGGAUGCAGGUUAUGCGCUCUACGUUGAGGCCUGUAAUGCACUGAGGGAAGACUUCACCUUCCGUCACUCCUUCAGCUCCGAAGUGAUGAAACUGCUCAAAGCUUCGCCUGGUCAGAUUGUCGUUGUUCACCCUGAAAAGUUCCACUCAAAGUACGAGCCAGCGUCGCACACACUGGCAGUGAAGGACUCUACAUCGGUGUCAGACGUGCAGGAGUUCUUCAAAAAGCAUGCGAUUCCUCUGGUGGGUCACAGAAAACCAAGCAAUGAUGCCAAGCGCUACACCAAAAGACCCCUGGUGGUUGUGUACUAUGGAGUUGACUUCAGCUUUGACUACAGGAAAGCUACACAGUUCUGGAGGUCCAAGGUGCUUGAGGUUGCCAAGGACUUCCCAGAAUACACAUUUGCCAUCGCUGAUGAGGAGGACUUUGCAGAAGAGCUGAAGAGCCUGGGCCUGAGCGAGAGCGGAGAGGAAGUGAAUGUGGGAAUUCUGGCAGACGGAGGCAAAAAGUUUGCCAUGGAGCCAGAGGAGUUUGACUCUGAGGUGCUGAGAGACUUUGUUGUGGCUUUCAAGAAAGGAAAGCUCAAACCCAUCAUCAAAUCCCAGCCAGUGCCAAAGAACAACAAAGGACCAGUUAAGGUUGUGGUCGGAAAGACCUUUGACGAGAUCAUCAUGGAUACCCAGAAGGACGUCCUGAUCGAGUUUUACGCUCCCUGGUGCGGCCACUGUAAGAAACUAGAGCCUGAUUAUUUGGCCCUGGGCAAGAAGUACAAAGGGGAGAAGAACCUGGUGAUCGCCAAGAUGGACGCCACAGCCAACGAUGUGCCAAAUGAGAGCUACAAAGUGGAAGGUUUCCCUACGAUAUACUUUGCACCAAGCAACAGCAAGCAGAACCCUGUCAAAUUAGAAGGUGGAGACAGAACAGUAGACGGGCUCAGCAAGUUCAUAGAAAAGCAUGCCACAAAGCUAUCACAGAAGAGAGAUGAACUUUGAAAAUAUAUCUACACGAGUAGCUAAGAACUCUUUUUCCACGCUCGGGGAGAGUCUUGACGCUGAGGCCUCUGGGAAGGUGAAGGGAAUACAGCGGAGUUAAACUGUGUUACUGAGUUGCUGUGAUUAAAAUUUUCAAUCAUUGUUUUAGUUUCUGUUUCAUUCCAUGAGAUUCCGCUUUCUUCUGUUUCUAAAAGCAUGUAAGCACUGACAAUUUACACUUUUUAAAUAAAACUUAAAUGAUG